CAAAGUUUUCCAAGCUCCCUCUAUAUCUCUCUAGGGAGAGAUCAGGAAGGAUCAUGAAGAGGAACCAUUUCAGCAGAGACAAGAUUCAAGAGGACGAUGAUGAUAAUGAUCAUCACAAUUACUUCAUGAAUUCUUCGAGUGAGCGUCAUCAUUUCUACGAAGGGUCGAUCCCAUGGCCUCCAAGAAACUACGCAUGCAGCUUCUGUCGGAGAGAGUUCAAAUCUGCUCAAGCUCUCGGUGGCCACAUGAAUGUCCACAGAAGAGACAGAGCAAAACUCAGACAGCUUCCUUCUUGGAUCUUUGGAUCUUCCCACUUAUGUAUCCCUAACCCUAACCCUAACCCUAGCCCUAGCCCUAAUACUUGUUUCUCUUCAUCGUCAUCAACACCUCACGAGCCUUACCCAACCCAGAAAGCCCAAGCAAGUCCUGUCCCAACCCGGUUCAACAUUUCGAGCCCUAAACAUGGAGAUUCAAGGAAAAAGGACAAGAACAAGGGUGCUGUUCCAUGGACCAGAGAGUUCAAGAACCCCAUUGAUGCAUGCCAAGCAGGAAGUGGCAAGUCAACUAAGGAUCAGAAGAAGAAAGGAGCUGCUGAAGUUGUUGGCUUGGAGCUGGAGAUGAGUUUGAAGGAUCCAAAACACCAAGUCUUGGACUUGGAGCUUCGACUAGGCUGCUUGAAUUAAAGGUUCAAUGGUUUCACUACAGUUAGCAUAUAUAUGAUGAUCAUUAUAUAAAUGUAUUAUCUGCGUUCGUCCACGCGUACUUAGGCGAAUAAUGUUAUUAUCAUACGCUAGACUAAAGUACAAGUAAACAAGAUAGGAAAAAAAGGGUCGACAAAAAUUUCCAAAAUUCUUUUGGGGGGUUUGUCUUCUUCUUUAUUUUCCCUUCAGCAUAUUUAACAAUCUGAAUUUAACCAACAGUAAUACAUAUUGUUGUUGUUGGAUAUUUCGAUGGUUAU